GCAAUAGUCCGAGUGAGCGCCAGAAACGCGACCAGCUGGUUAUGGACCGCCACUUUGACGCAAUGACCGAGAUGAUAAAUGGACAUGCAUGAAAUCUCCAACGGCUUCCAGCAUGCGCCGGGCUGCAGAUUCGCGCUUUAGGAAUCCUGGUGGUGGCCCCUAGACCACAUGGGGGUGUUUUGGAUGCUCCUAAUGCUCCUCAUGGCAGGGAUGGCGCGACUAUCAAUCUGCAGAUUGGUGGACUGUCUCAGGGAGAUUUCUACCUACAGGGCGGGGUGUGACGUUGCUCGUUCUGUUCGGCUUGUUUCCAUGAUUCUGGAUGAUGGUGAUGAUGAUGAUGAUGAUGAUGAUGUGUCCUCAGGACUGAAUAUUGCUGUGGCCUGAUCUAUAGAUAAGUUACUUCAAUGUCAAUCUUUAU